GCCCUAUCCACCCAUGAAAGUGAUUUGUUCCGCUUGAUGAGUGUUUUCACAGCGACAGAACAUCAAUGUACUAUAAAUAUCAAGACCACCUAAAACAGCUAGCCAGAUUUUCUGUUCCCUGUCCGGUAUUCAGUAUGAUUUUGGUUUGUCGGACGUAGAAGUGAGGUCGUCCUACGUUCCCUGGUCCUACGUAAAACUCUUUGCCGUUGUUGCUCAAAGUUUGAUUCCUUUGAUUAUUUCGGAUUUUUCUACUUCAUUUUCGGAGCAUCAGGGACAUCAAACGAAACAGCAUGGGCGGCAAACACAACAAGGGCAAGGGCAAGGGUAACAAGAAGGGCGGCGGCAAGCCGGCGACACCUGCGCCGGUCGCCCCGGAGCUGGUGGUGCUGCACAAUUUGGCAAAGGAGGGCAAGCUGCAGGAAAUGGUAGAUCACGGCAUGACUCACAUAAAUCUGCUCUACAACGACCACAUUGCCCGUGUUCCCCUCCAUCUCGCCGCGUACUACGGACAUGUAGAAAUUGUCGACAAAAUACUCGAAAUUUGCCCGGAGGCCGCGGAUCGCCAAGCGCAGGAUGCCUUUUUGCCGGCCCACUUCGCGGCGCAGCAGGGGCACCUGGAAUGUCUACGGAGCCUGGUAAAAGUUGCGGGGACAAUACGCACUGAAAAAAUGUGAUCUUCGUCACAAGCCAUCGUGAGCAAUUUUUGCAUGACUGUAUAAUAAGUUCUCAUUGCAAAACUCCUGCUGCUAACGUAGUUGUAAACUGUGACGGUGAUCAUGAUUUUUUUUCCUUCCACUUUCGACACAAGACGGGGAGAUGAGAGUAGGCGGCGUGAAGAAGCUAAUGCAGCGACUUGUCAAACUAGACCGCAAUAUGCUGCACUUGGCCUGCGCUAAGCAGCACGUGGAGACGGCGCUUUAUUUGGUAUCUGCACAACACAUUGAAGCAUUGCAUACUUUUAGAGAUGCGUACUACUUCCUUUUUUCGGGGAUUGGACUUAUGAAAUCGGCAGGACAGUUGCUUGCGAUCAUGGAACUCACCCUUGGCAAUCCACUAUCGUGUCUGCUGAAAUUCCUCUCACAACACACAAAUCACCACAGAUUGACAAGGGUUGCGACCUGUUUGCCAAGAACGCGCAUGGCAAGAGUCCCUUCGAACUGCUGGACGACGAGCACCGAAGUUCCCUCCAGGCCAAGUUGCGCGAAAUCGAAGAAAGCAAGAAGGCCAAACAGGAGGGAAAUCCUGAUGCCCAUCCCGAUGCACAUAAUCCGCAACACACCAAACCAAAACCCAACGCCACCGCGACCCGUGCGGCUGCCGCAUUGGCAGGAGCGACAGUGGCCGCAGCUGAAAUCAGUCAGAAGGAAAAGGCAGCAGCGGCUUCAAGUUCAUCGCGGCCCGAAGACGAUACAGAGGGACCACAAGAAGCAGCAGCCACGACCUCAGCUUCCCCGAGGCUAGAGCCCCAAACCCUGAAGCGGCCGAAGGAGAAGCUUGCCACGACAGCGGAGGACAUGGAAGCAAAGCUGGCGCGCAUGCUCGGCGGCGGCGGGGGGGCGCCGAAGCCUGCAAAGGCUCCGAAGAUCGCCAAAACCGCCGACGACAUGGAGGCCAAGCUGGCCGCGCUCAUGGCGGGCGGGGAGGCUGGUAAGAGUGGUGGAAGCACCACAAGCCAGGUACAACCCGCUGCUCCGGCCGCGCCGCCGAAGAAAGCUGGGUUUUCACUGGACGACGUGCUGAAAAACAGUUACGAUUGAAGAUAACGACGCACAAAAGCGACAGCGGAUAAAAAGAAAGGGGCUUUAUUUCUUUACAUUUUUUGCCAGAACGAAAAAGCUAAAGCACCGCUCAGCUGCGAGGUGGCUUACAUUUGCGCUCCGCAUCUAUUUGUCAACCACAAGAGAAAAAACAAAAAGAUUCGGCGUGGGAAGCUGCCAAAAAAUCCUCGCUUCGAAAGUUAGUACACGCUGGGAGCAG